AUGACAGGCAAAAGCAACAUCUCGACUACAGCGGCUGGGAAUGCUCCCGAACUAAGCCAGCCUAGGAUCAUUGUUGCAUGCAUCAGCUGCAGAGGCCGCAAAAUCAAAUGCUCGGGAACGGCGCCUUGCGAGUCGUGCUCGUUGUCGGGUAAUCAAUGUAUCAUCGACGAUACAACAACUGGCAAAGGCAAAAAGAAGAAUCUUGUGAGCCGCAAGGUGGAUGAGUCUAAGGCUUACAAAUGGCUUCUCGAAGGCCUAUUGAUCUGCCUCCGAUACUCGCGAGGUCCUGGACUGGUCGAACUGCUUGACGGAGUGAAGGAGCACUCGCCGUUGCGGCCUCUCGCUGUGACAAUCUUCUCGGUCCUUUCCAUGAUAGACCUCCCUGAAGUUCUUCAAUGCGCAGCAGCGGAGCUGAAACUGGAACUAAACAGGUUCCUUCACGGGGUUCGCAAGCCAAAGGGUGGUCGUCCCUCAAGGGGCUCUAUCAAACAACCCGAGUCUGUCAAAUUUGAGCAUUUCGAUUACGAGUCCUUUGGCCAUUCGAAUUCUCUUGAUGGAGAAUCAGAGUCCCGUAACGAAUCGCAGCCUCCCAACCCCGAAAUUGAAAGCCCGCAAGCCACAGACGGGUCUGGCAAGCAUAUCUCUUCAAGUUUCGGGUCCAGGACCUCAACCGAAUCUGAGGCGAAGACACUCCAGCACCCGCGAAAUGAGACGACGGCCUUCUUAGGCCUCGAAGACAUCUUGGUAUUUCUGAAUACCACGCAGAAUCCCAUUGGGGAUCAAGCCUCUGUAGACAGGCGGGCUGGGGUCGAUGAAGACCAGUCCACUAAGUCAGAACCGGGCACCCAAGCAUCGUUGCCUGCUGCUUCAGGACCAGAAGCUGACGUUCAGGACACUGAUCAUUUGGAUUCCUCCGCCGAGGGCUAUCCGCAGUUCAAUUGCGGGAAUCACCGAGGUGUCAAAAGGCCACACUCCCCAACGACCGUGGUUCCACCAAGGCCGGCGCCAUUCACGCCCCAGUCCAUUGAGGAUCAAAAUAUACACCCUUCUCUGCCCAUGGACGCUGCUGAAUCCCAACGAUUUCUCAACCCCCCUUCGACAUUCAUUAGUGGCUAUGACAUGUCAGCUAGAAUGGAGUAUGGACCCCAGCGGUGGAUUGAUCCCCCGCAGUCAGUCCGUGGGCCAGCACAGUACACGACGUUUCCUCACAUAGCAUUCAACGUCGAGUAUGUUCCCGGCGCUGUCACAAAUUACCUCGAGGGGGCCCAUCAGCUAUUGUCACAAGGUUAUCCGAUAGACGGAAUACUGGGCCCAGAGAGACCCUAUGUCGACCUACUCUUUCAACCUCGCACGCAGUCCGAUUCACAUUUCGCCUGUCAUUUUGCCUCGGAACUAUGCAACAAGCUCGAGGGAAUGGAACCGACUACCCGGCUGGGUAUCGCGGUCGUGUUGACGUAUUUGAUCAGGUGGUUCAUUUCACCUUCACAUGAGAACGAUCUGAGUAUCCCGGACCUGCGUCGGUCGAACUUUGCUGAAACAGAGAUACCAGACAGCGCGGAGUUCACACCUUGCCCAUUUCCUCGCCUGCUAGAAGCCCUGUCCCACAAGGAUUGGGGCUUCCUUUGGGCACUGGCAAGGACCAUCAAUUAUCAUUGUCAGAACGUACCGGUCAUGUCCUGCAUCGAGACUGUCGACGACGAAACCGGCUCACACUAUGUCCCCACCGAAGACUUUAUCACUCGCAUAAAGCAGUCGGAGGGUUGGAUGCCUGUGCCGAGUGCAUUGGACCCAGUUGCUGAAUGUCCAGGUACAUUUCAACGCUGUGUUCUAGGUGACGGAGAGGCGUUUGGAGCGUGGAAGAACUAA